AUGUCGGCGGCCAACACGGUGCUGGAGAACAAUGGCAAGGUCGUGUUGCUCGACAAGUCGUCCUUCUGCGGGGGCAACUCCACCAAGGCCACCAGCGGCAUCAACGGCGCGGAGACGAAGACUCAGAAGGACAAGGGCAUCAAUGACACCAUCACUCUGUUCACAAACGACACCCUCAAGGGCGGCGCCAAGAAGCCCGAGCUGGUCAAGGUCCUGUGCGGCAACAGCGGGGCCGACGUCGACUGGCUGGUGGAGAAGUUCAACCUCGACCUGUCCCUGGUCGCCCGCCUCGGCGGCCACUCUGCGCCGCGAACCCACCGAGGAGCCGAGCGCUUCCCGGGGAUGACCAUCACCUACGCCCUGAUCCAGAUGGUCGAGAAGGUCGCCGAGAGAACGGAUAAGGCGCGCAUCAUCACCAAGGCCAGGGUCACCAAGCUGCUCACAAGCGGCAGCACCUGCGUGGGCUGCAGCUACGAGAAGGGAGGCCAGGUUUUCUCCGAGAUGGGGCCGGUCAUCCUCGCCACCGGCGGCUUCGGUGCGGACUUCACCAGCAACUCCCUCUUGGCUCAGUACCGCCCCGACCUGAUGCACCUGCCGACCACCAACGGCGAGCACUGCACCGGCGACGGCAUCAAGAUGGGCGAGGCGAUCGGGGCCAAGUCUAUCGAUCUUGAGUGGGUGCAGGUGCACCCGACUGGCCUGGUGAAGCCCGACGACCCCGACGCCAAGAUCAAGUUCCUGGCUGCCGAGGCGCUCCGUGGCGUCGGCGGUCUGGUGCUGGAUGCGAACGGCAAGCGCUUCGCGAACGAGCUGGGACGCCGCGAUUACGUCACAGGCGAGAUGUGGAAGAACAAGCCGCCCUUCCGGCUCUGCUUGAACAAGGCUGCGUCCGCUGAGAUCGCGUGGCACUGCAAGCACUACACCGGCCGCGGCGUCAUGAAGUUCUACGAGACUGGCGAGGCGCUCGCCAAGGACAUGGGCGUUCCCAUUUCCGUGCUGGAGCAGACUCACAAGGAGCAUUUCGAGGCCGCUAAGAAGACCGAGAAGGACCCGGACGGCGGCUCAUUCCCGGCCUACCCCAGCGGCAAGUCUUGGGACGAGGCCAGCGGUAAGACGGGUUCGGGCAAGAAGUUCUACCACAACGUAAUCGACGGCCCCGCGGUGAAGAGCGAGCCCUUCUACGUGGCCAUCAUCACGCCAGUGAUCCACUACUGCAUGGGCGGCCUCGAGAUCGACACGGACUCCGCCUGCGUCGGCGCCAACGGCAAGGCCAUCCCGGGGCUCUACGCGGCCGGCGAGGUCGCCGGCGGCGUGCACGGCAACAAUCGCUUGGGGGGCAAUUCGUUGCUGGACUGCGUGGUGUUCGGCCGCGUGGCGGGCCUCGCCGCGACCAAGUACAUGUUGGGCGCGGACUGCAAGCCCGUGAGCCUCAAGGACCUCUCUGGCGGAGGCCUCACCGGCGAGGUGACGGCGUCCAAGAACGCGGGCGGCUCGUACGAGGAUGGCAUGAACAAGGGCGCGGAGGGCGGAAAGGCAAAGGGCGGCGCCGCGCCCGCCGGCAAGGGCGGCGUCAAGGGCUACUCCAUGGAGGAGGUGGCCAAGCACACCAGCAAGACCGACUGCUGGGUGGUCGUGGCUGGCGAGGUGCUCGACGUGACCUCGUUCCUGAGCCAGCACCCCGGAGGCGAGCUGGCCAUCCUCACGUUCGCCGGGAAGGACGCCACCGAGGAGUUCAACAUGAUCCACCCUCCGGACGUGAUCCCGAAGUACGCCCCCGACGCCGCCAUUGGCAAAUUGGGGGCAGGCGGAGGUGCUGACGAGAAGGACGAUUCGGACGAGGACGACGACUCGGAUGAGGAUGAGGAGGAGGCUGUCGGUGGUAGCGGCGGGUACAGCCCGGAGGAGGUGGCGAAGCACGUCACCAAGGAUGAUUGCUGGGUCAUCCUCGGCGGAAAGGUGCUGGACGUCACCUCCUUCCUGUCGCAGCACCCGGGGGGCGAGCUGGCCAUCCUCACGUUCGCAGGCAAGGACGCCACGGCGGAGUUUGACAUGAUCCACCCGCCCGACGUGGUCGGCAAAUACGCGCCAGACGCCGUCAUCGGCGACGUCGGCAGCGGCGGUGGCGGCGCGAAGAAGAAGAAGGAGAAGGUGCCCAAGAAGGGCGGCAAGCCGGUCAUCCUGGACAAGGGUGGCAAGAUCGCCAACCACCAGGCCUGGGGGCAUCUGGACGGCCGGGAUAAUUGGCGCGAGGGCGUUAUGGACAGCAACCCGGGCGUGUUCUUGAUCAACGUGCGGGCCUACUUCUACGCCGCUUGGUACUUGCUGAGCGCCGUCCUCUACGAGGUUGCCGCGACGAUCUUCGUCAACAAGAACUUCAAGAUAACUGGCGACCGCGUCGGCCUCACCCGCAGCGCGAUUUUGCUGGUCCUGUUCAUCGUCAUCCAUGCCGUUGGCAACCUUCACGUAUUCAAGGGGCCCGAUGACUUCAACGGCUACGGCUACUUCUACGUGCGCCUGUACUGGACCGGCUUUGGGCUCCCCGCCAACAUCGUGGAGGAGUACAUCCUGCUCUCGGUCCUCCUGCACGUGCUCGCGGGCCUGAAGCGCACCUGGGACACGUCGCUCGGCAUGUUCAAGAACAAUCCGCGAGCACUCGACCUCGCCUGCACGGGCCUGGUCCUGCUCACCUUCAUGACCGUUCACUUGUUCCAGUUCCGUUUCGGCGACACCGACCAAUUCGGGCCGUACAUGAUCCGCCCCCCUCCCUACCUCAUCAAUUUCUGGGGCGUGUUCGAGCUCGACCUCUUCUGGACGAAGGACGCCUCGAUCCAGCCAGUUGGGGUUCGCGACAUCUACGCACUCGAGUUCAAGCUCUUCAACGAUUCCAAGGCUCUCAGCCUCUUCUACAUGUUCGCGGUCGCUGUGUUCAUGGUCCACGGUUGCCUCGGCUGGAAGAAGCUCGUCCCAGCGUCGGCCUUCGGCAUCCCGAAGAAGCACAUCCCCCUGGUGACAAAGUACGGCUACGCAAUCUUCAUUGCGGUCGGUCUCGUCUACAUCUCGUUCCCGCUCUACUGCCUCUGCACGGUCCCGUUCAACGGCUACGAGAAGGACAUCAACUCCGGCCGCGUCGAGCGCUGA